AUGGAGGAGGACAGCGGUGGCAUGCGUGUAUCCUUUCGACGGAGCGAGAGCAAGGGGCAGAUCAAUGCCAUAGCGCACCCAUGGCGACGCAAGGUAGCUGAGCUUUGCAAAUCUUCACGGGUGGAGCUGCUGCUUGGGCUCAUCAUCUGUAGCAAUAUGGUGGUCGUUAUCCUAGAGACCGACGCCACGGCCGACAAUUUACUAGCGCCCCUUUGGAUGCGAGCUGCGAACUUGGUCUUCUUGGCGGUCUAUACCAUAGAGGCGGCUGUGAAAAUCUAUGCGUGGCGCUGGAAGUAUUUCCACGACUCUUGGAAUCUCUUGGACUUCACUGUUGUCUUGCUCGACAUGGCCCUUACCAUCACGGCCCUGUUCCAGCUCUCGGGCAGUGGCGUGUCAAUGCUGCGGAUAUUCCGGAUGGGCAAGAUGGUCCGGAUCUUUAGAGUGCUGCGUCAAAUAUGGGAGUUGAAGAUACUGCUGAUGAGCUUUGCCGCGGCAGCCAAGUCGAUCGUUUUCGGCAUGGUCAUGGUGCUCAUCAUGAUGACCAGUUGGUCAGUUCUGGCAGUACAGUUCCUGCAUCCCAUCAACAAAGAGCUUUGGCUGGACAGCGACUGUGAGCGCUGCGGACGCGCCUUUUCUACAGUUUGGGAAGCUCAAAUUACCAUCUUCCAAACUGUCAUGAUGGGAGACGGCUGGGGCACUCUUGCAAUUCCACUCAUUGAAAGAGCAAGUUGGGCCAGCACUUACUUCCUGUUUGUCUACAUCAGUCUGCAGCUUGCGAUGCUCAAUCUCAUCCUCGCUGUCAUCGUCGAGCGUGCUGCGAGCGCAAAGGAGCUUGAUCUGCACCAACAGGCAGUCGCCAAGGAGGAGGAAAUGAUUGCUGCAAAGGAAAGCUUGCUACAAUUGUGCCGGUUGAUGGACAAGGAUAAGAGCGGCAGCUUGGAUCUAGAGGAAAUCAAGGAUGGCUUCAACAACAACCCGAAGUUCGCGAGCUCGUUGGUGUCUAUGGGUGUCUUCCUUGAGGACGUGGACCUGUUGUUUGAAGUUCUUGACGUCGAAGGCACUGGGGCAGUUCCUUACGUGGAACUUGUGGACACCUUGGCGCGGCUAAAAUCGCAGAUCUCUUAUGUCAUCCUUUUCCAGCUGACGGCGAUCCAGAAGCACAUGCGCGAUCUGCGGGCGCAGAGAGCCCGGAGUGAGGAGGAGGAUGAGCUUGGCAUCAACAAGGCCGCUAGCAGCGCUAGCAAGGGCUCGGCGGCACCGCCAGCAGGCCAGGCCGAGUCAGCGAGCUUUCGCAGGCUCGUUGAUUCCAAGUUCACUGACAUGAUGAGAGAGACCAAUCAGCGUUUCGACCAGAUCUUGCACGAGAUUUCGCGUAGCUUUGAUCAAGCGCAGAGGAUAGCAGAAAAAGCUGACAGCCGUCCCCAUGAAAGACCGACAACGGUCUUCGAAGCCCUGACACAGGAAUGCAGCCCAGAGGCCAUGCGCCUCCUUAGAGAGGACACUGUGGUGGGUCUGAAUGAAAGAACGAAAUCGGGCGAUACUACGCUUAUACGGGCCAUCAAGAACCAGAUGUGGGAGGUGGUCUUUGAGAUCCUGCGGCAUGAGGAGUUCACCCAACUCAACGAGACAGAUGGCAUGGGCCUAUCUGCGUGGCACCAUGCCUUGGUGCGAGAACGCUCCGACGUGGUCGCUGCCAUAACGAAUCGACCUGAUUUUGCAGCUGUGCACAAGCUAGACUUGAAUGCCGUGGCGCAGCACGUCGCCUCAGCGCGAGCAUCGAAACGUGCAGUCCCGGUCGUUGGAAUAUGA